GAUAAAUAGUGUAUAUCUUAUCGCUCUUUGCUCAUCAAUAAUUGAGCUUUGUUUAAGUCUUUGUUUAUGUCUUAAAUUUUGAAUGCAGAUUGUCUGAUCUUAAUCUAAAACUAGAAAAUUAUGUGACUUUCAAAAUACCAUAGUGUAACGUGAAAUUAGGAUGGGAGAAAAUAUUAUAUAUCCACAUGCUGCCACCUUAUUCGCUGCAAUUUGCGCAAGUAUAUUUGCAAUCAUCGGAACAUUUGGCAACUUAAUUACCAUAAUUGCAUUAUUGAAAUGUCCCAAGAUAAGAGUACAUGCCACCACAGCAUUUAUUUUGUCGCUCAGUGUGUCUGACCUAUUAUUUUGCUUAUUCAGCCUGCCAUUGACUGCUGUGAGGUUUUAUGAAGAAAAAUGGACUUUCGGAGAACCCCUUUGCAAAAUAUUUCCAGUCAUAUUUUAUGGAAAUGUGGCCGUAUCUCUUUUAAGCAUGGUGGGAAUAACAUUAAAUAGAUACAUACUGAUCGCCUUCCAUUCUAUAUACGUGCAAAUAUAUAAACGCAAAUAUAUACUGCUCCAACUUUUUUUUAUCUGGUCAACUUCAUUUCUAUUGCUUCUACCACCUAUUUUGGGAAUUUGGGGAGAAAUGGGUCUUGAUGAAGCUACAUUUUCAUGUACAAUUUUAAAAAAAGAUGGAAAAUCGAUAAAAAAAACUCUGUUUUUGAUUGGAUUUCUUCUGCCAUGCAUUGUUAUAAUAGUUUCGUAUUCAUGCAUUUAUCUGACAGUUUUGCGACAAAAGAGAAAAAUGGAAACUCAUCGCAAUUAUAAAGUUGCAUCGAAUGAAUCAGUAUUUACCUCUAGAAAACAAAAAGAGGAUAACAGGUUAACAGUAAUGAUGGUUUCUAUUUUCGGCUGCUUUCUUGGUUGUUUUUUGCCAUUGAUGCUGGCAAAUGUAGUGGACGACGAAAGAAAAACAAGUUAUCCUUGGUUUCACAUAAUGGCAUCAAUAUUGGCUUGGGCGUCCAGUGUGAUUAAUCCAGUUAUAUACGCAGCAAGCAAUAGGAGUUACAGGAUUGCAUAUUACAAUACAAUAAAGCAUUUAAAAUUUUGGGGUAAGCCGUUGUCAUCGAUUCAUAGUAGAAGCGUACAUCUCAGUAAAAACGAAGAUUACACAGGACCACUUAGGAGCAUACCUUUGUUUCAAGUUACCAGCGAGAAACACGUGAAUAAUUUGUGCCAAACAUACUCUGUAUAAGUAAUAAUAAUCAAUUUAUAGUAUUAUUUACUUAUAUUUAUAAAGUACGUACAACUUUUUUUAAUUUAUGUCGUCUUAAGUGUAUUGUCUUGCCAAUAGAGCCCUUAAAAAUGUGUUUAACUGAACACAGAACCUAUUGGACAUAGGUUUUCUUACAAAGCAAAAGUUAGUAGUUCAUAAUGGAAAAAUAAACAAAAAUACUAGAAAAAUGUG